CCGUCGCUUCCGGUUCAUCACACAAACACACAUGUGAAGCAGCAGCUAGCUCAGUAAACAACACAGGAAAGUGGCAACACACGCCACUGAAAGAUGGUCCAGCUCAGUAGAAUCUGCUUCCGGAAGUAUGGAAACCUUCUGGAUAACCUCCGUCUGUAUGUCCGUGGAGGAAGUGGAGGGAUGGGUUUACCUCGUCUUGGGGGACAAGGAGGGAGCGGGGGAGAUGUUUGGGUGGUGGCUACAAAGAACACGACCUUAAAGAAGAUCAAGGACAAGUACCCUCAGAAACGUUUUGUAGGUGGAGCAGGAGCCAACAGCAGCACCCGAGCACUGAAAGGAGAACGGGGGAAGGACAAAGAGAUCUUGGCUCCUGUUGGUAUCGCAGUCACCACUGAUGAUGGCAAAAUAAUUGGCGACCUGAAUACUGAGGGUGAACGUCUGAUGGUGGCAAAAGGAGGAUCCGGAGGUACCCAGUACUCUGCAUUCGAGCCUAGUAGGGGCCAGGCCAAACACAUAAGGCUGGACCUCAAACUUAUUGCUGACCUUGGCCUUGUUGGGUUCCCAAAUGCAGGAAAGUCGUCUCUCCUGACGGCCUUGUCUAAUGCUACACCUCAGAUUGCCAGUUAUGCUUUCACAACUUUGAGGCCGGAGAUAGGCAAAGUGAUGUACAAAGAUUACAAGCAGAUUUCUGUUGCUGAUCUCCCGGGCCUGAUUGAAGGAGCUCACAUAAACAAAGGAAUGGGCCACAAGUUCCUGAAACAUGUGGAGAGGACCAAGCAGCUGCUGUUUGUGGUAGAUGUUUCUGGUUUCCAGCUCGCAAGUAAAACACCGUUUAGGUCGGCCUUCGAAGCUGUUCAACUUCUCACCAAGGAGUUAGAGUUGUACAAGGAGGAGCUUGUAUCAAAGCCUGCUUUACUGGUGGUCAAUAAGAUGGACCUGCCUGACGCUGAGGACAAACUGGCUGAGCUGAAAGAGCAACUACAAAACCCAGACGAGUUCUCUGAUCUGUUGCCUGAUGACAUGAUACCGAAGAACUACAUGACCUUCAGACAUGUUCUUCCUGUUUCUGCCUCCACUGGAUUCGGUAUUGAACAUUUGAAAAGUUGCAUUCGACAGUCGCUCGAUGAGGAUGCAGAAAUGGAAACUAAAGUCAUCCGUCAAGAAAGACUGCAGGCACUGAGGUCCCACUUGCACUAGCAUUUGUGAUAAACACAGACAAUGCAUCCCUGUGUGACUCAGUGAGUGUACGAUGAUAGAUGAGUCAUUUUCUGUCUGCAAAUAAAAAAGUUGGCAGCAUCAUCAUCCAGAGAGGAAACACCUGUGACAACAGAAACUGUGCAGAGACAGUGUAGAACUGCACAUGAAAGUGACGGAGGAUGACUUUCUCACUGACCAUCACAAGUGUUACGAGGCUUCACGAGUUGAACCACGCUUUGCAUAGCCGUUUGUUUGGUCCGAGGUCGUCAUCAAAAUCUAAGACACUGUUACAGUUACAUGGUCCAUCUUUAUUCAGAAAUUACACAUAAUAAAAAGACUGAUGAAACUUACCAGCAAACGGAUGUAUACGCUUACCAUGAAAGGAUGUUGGUCAAGAAAACACAAGCAGCACCAGCUUCAUGCCCGGUGCAUUGAAGUUUACAGUGGUGCAUUUGUUCAUAGAGAGAUUGAGACUGUAUUUAUGUUUAUUGGUGUGAGUUGUAGUGAUGCACUGAUCCAACUUUUUCUCUCCCGAUUCUGAUCCCUUAACACUGAGUAUCUGCCAAUACAAAGUACUGAUCUGACACCAAUCUGACGUCCUUCUGUCUUACUAGAACUCGGCAAUCAUUUUAUGUAAGGUAGCACGAGGCCAGGGAAUACUGUGGCAGUCUGCAGCCUGCCAUGACUGAUAAUGGCACCACUGAAUUUUAUGACAAUGACAAAGAAACUGUAUUUACUGUGGAUGGGUCUGGCUGAUAGCAGUUCCACUACUGAAUAAGGUCCGCAUUGGAUCUCUCAGUAAAUCUCAAGUGUGUUGCUCAUUGACUCUAAUACAAAAUAAAUAAUAAAAGGAGUCAGUUAUAAGGCAUACCUGUUUUUUCCCCUCUGUUCUGAGUCUGAAAUUAUUAGAAAUGUCAGCAUAGACAGAUGUGUUGAUGAAAGUUUUAUUUUAUAUUAAAUAUAUUACAAUACUGAAUGAUUAAGAGGAAAAAAAAAUAUGGGGAUUGAUUUUUGCAUCAUUGGUCUGUACAGCAUACAGGCAAAAUAAAAAAUAAAAAUAAAGACAGCAACUGCAGUAUUUAAA